CGAUUACACGUCCCCUUGAAGUCGCCAAUAGUAGCUGUGCGGCUGUGUUAUUCGGCGUUCGAUUGGUUUCGCUUGGCUGUCUCCUCCGCUGGUGGCUCGGAGUCCUGAACGCUGCAAUGUUUCUGUGUGCGCGGCUCCGGGCGGGGGUUACUAAUUCGGUCAGGCGAUACUUGCACGAAACGGCAAGAUGCAGCGGAGCCGGCGGAGCAUCUUUUGUGCACAGAGAUACACCGGAGAACAACCCAGAGACACAUUUUGACUUCACUGCAGAAAACUAUAAGAGAAUCGAGGCAAUAAUUGGCAAUUAUCCAGAAGGUCACAAAGCAUCGGCUGUAAUCCCAGUACUUGAUCUGGCACAACGGCAACACGGCUGGCUGCCCAUUACCGCAAUGAACAAGGUGGCUGAAGUCUUAGGGAUACCUCCCAUGCGUGUGUACGAGGUGGCCACAUUUUACACCAUGUUCAACAGGAAACCAGUUGGAAAGUAUCACAUACAGAUUUGUACAACAACCCCAUGUAUGCUUCGAGAUUCUGAUAGCAUCCUCGAGGCAAUCCAAAAGAAACUAGGAAUUCAUGUAGGAGAGACCACACCGGACAAGCUGUUUACUCUAACAGAAGUUGAAUGUCUUGGGGCUUGUGUGAACGCACCAAUGGUUCAAAUAAAUGACCAUUAUUAUGAGGAUCUGGAGAUAAAAGACAUUGAAAAUAUUAUAGAUGAUCUGAAAGCUGGCAAAGUUCCAAUUCCUGGCCCAAGGAAUGGACGAUUUUCAUGCGAACCUGCAGGAGGACUCACCUCUCUAUCUGGGCCGCCACAAGGACCUGGCUUUGGAGUCCGUGCCGACCUCUGAGUUUGAAUGUGAAUGCUUAACCCAUUAAUAUGUGCGUGCAAAUAAAUAA